CCACAAACACACACACACACACAUUCAGUGUACCAAAAUAUUCCCAAAGCUUCUCACACACCGCCAUGUCGGAAAGCUCAGAGGAGUUAAGGCCGUUCGCGGCUCAGCUGUCCAACGUUUACUUCACCAUCCUGGCCCUGUUCUGCUGCAAGCUCUUCAUCAGGAUCACCCUCAACCUGCUCACACACUUCUACAUAAUCAAAGGGAACCGCAGGGAGGCGGCCCGGAUAUCGGCCGAGUUCUACGGACAAGAGCACGGGUCGUGGGCUGACCGUUCCCCCCUGCAUGAUGCUGCAAGCCAGGGACGACUGCUGGCCCUGAAGACCCUUAUAACUCAGGGCCAUAGUGUGAAUGCUCUGACGAUAGAUCAUGUGAGCCCUCUGCAUGAAGCCUGUGUAGGGAAUCAUGUGGCCUGUGCCAGAGUGCUCAUCGAUGCUGGAGCCAACGUAAACGUGUCGACUAUCGAUGGUGUGACCCCCGUGUUUAACUCCUGCUCGGCUGGCAGUGUGCCAUGUUUGGAGCUGCUGUUGGAAUGUGGAGCCAGACCACAGGUUCUAGCACCGUGCCAGCCAUCCCCCAUCCACGAGGCAGCCAGCAGAGGUCACAGUCAGUGUGUGGAGGUGCUGAUCUCGUGGGGGGCAGAUGUGGAUUAUGAAACUCGGAAUAUGGGCACUCCGCUCUACACGUCCUGCAGAUGCAGAGAGUUUGUCUGCGCCCGAAAACUUCUAGAUGGAGGAGCUAGUGUUCAAAGGGGCCGGUUGAUGGAGACCCCCCUGCACGCUGCGGCUCAGCGGGACAGCCUCAGCAUCACCAAACUGCUGCUGGAGUUCGGUGCCGAUGUUAAUGCUAGAAACCUGAGCUUAAAACGGCCGGUGGAGGUAGCGUCCCCCGGAGGCCUAACCGAGGGAUUCUUACUGCUGUAUGAAGCCACACCCCGUUCACUGAACCAGCUUUGUCGUCAGCAAAUCAGAGAGUGCCUGGGCCGAACUAGACUACACCUCAUUCCACACUUGCCCCUCCCCACAGCAGUCAUUAAAUUCCUACAGUACAGAUAGCAUUACUAAGUCCAGCUUACUAGGUUUUCCUACCCCCUAAAAUGCUUAUAGAGUUGCACUCACAACACUGUAAAUUUGGUUUGUUGGCUAAAUUUAAAUUUAAAUAACCAGUAUCAAAAAAGGGCUAUCUGUAUUACUGGAAAAGGGGAUUUUUAUAGUACUGAAAAAAGUUACCUUUUGUACGGAAAGAAGUUCUCUAUAGUAAUUAAAUUGGUUCUCUGUAUUACUAAAAAGCGUUCCCCUUAUUAUUGAAAAAUGCAUUCCCUAUAGUACUGAGUUUCUCCGUUUAGAGGGGAGUAUUAUCAGCCUGUAGUCAGCCUGUAGUACUUUUGGAGUAGUAUUAGCAUUAGCUGCUAACUGUGCUAAGCGCUAGCUCUUUCACCAUUCAGAGGCGAGUACAUUGGACUGUAUCCUGCUUGUUUACCAUGUUAAAACAAGCUACCCGGGACGAACCUCUAGCUAAUAUCGUCCUGGCUUACGAAAACACUCAGGGUUCCUAAGUGUAUUGCUAUUGCAAGGCAUUAGCCGCUAACUACGGCUAGCGCUAAUGAUUAGCUGCUAAUGCUAAUGAUGCUGCACCCAGCCUUAGUAUAAAUCUGGAAAUUGAAGCUUACUGUAAAUACAUGGAAACACUUUACUCACCCAAAUAAACAAUUUUAAGAUGAAGAAAAUGUUUGAUGAAGAAAAGGUUUUUUUUUUUUUUUUAAGAAUUACUGUUUUGUUUACUUAACUUAGCUCAGGUUUAUAGGUCUCCCCACCCAGUGGCAAGACCUGCUGAAUUAGAAGAAAAACAUGGCAACACACCUGUUCAACCUUCACUGCAAAACAGAUUUAUUAGCACAGUUUAAAACAAUUCAGCUGUUUGUAAUAAACCAAUCAAAUGAGUCCAAUUUAUAUAUCUUUAUAUCAACUAAUGUAAAAAAAAAAGUUCUUCUAAAACAAAAAAAUCCACUUUUAAUAAUGACUGAAGUCCUAUACUUAUUUAAACCUUCAUCACAAGCGUUGUCAGUGCUUAGUACAGCAGCCUUCGGCUGUUUUGAUUUGCUGUAAACUUGAUGCCCGGCCAGGCUCCGAAUGUAUGGGCAGUGCCAACAAUUUACAAAUAUUCCUGGGUUUGUUGCUGCAGCAAAAAUAAAAUGAGUUGGGUUAAAGUCAGGCAAGUGAUAAAAGUCAGGCAAGUGAUAACCACUUCAGAAUCUUCCAGGACUUCUUCUGAAACCGAGCCUUGGUGGAUUGCGAGGAAUGCUUGGGAUCAUUGUGCUUGGGAUCAAGGUCCAGUAAUGCCCAAGCUUCUGCUUUCUCACAGAAGACAUAAGGGUUUCUCCUAGGAUUUCCUGAUACCAGAUUGUACCCAUCUUGCCCUCCAUAUUAUGCUGAUUUUCUGUGCCAGAGGAAGGAAAAGCAACCCUAGGGCAUUAUCGAGCCACCACCACCAGGCUUCACUGUAGUCAGAGAGCUAUUUUAAGUGUGUGCUUCAAUCUUCCUCCAUCAGACAUUCAGCUGAUCUAUAGGCCCAGGUCAAAGAUUCAGUUUUGUUUCAUCGUUCCACAGAACAAAAUUACAAAAUGCCAACAAAUCCACAAAAAUUGGACCAUUUAGGUAUAUAAAUAGCUCAUACGACUUAUAUUACAAGCUGGAUUACACCUCCCACAUGGUGUGCUAUGUCAAUAAUAGUGCAAGGGAUGCACAUUCCUUACAAUGAAGACAUGUUUAUGCUCAUUUCCACCACAUAUCAGAGUGUGCUGAUAUUCCCCAUUCCACUACGUGUUCUUGUAUAAAAUAAGUCAGUAAAAAUACAGAUUUGUACUCUAGAAAAAGCAGCAAAAAACAAACACAUCCUUGUUGGUAUUGCAGCAUAGUUUAGUAGAACAUUUUCACAACAUAGCAAUCAACUGACUCAAAAGAGCUUUUGCGUGGGGGUGUGUCUGUGUGUGUGAUAUUAUUAUGACUUUUGAGAUGCGUAAAGAGAGAGUACAGUCCGUCAUGCCUUUUCUGGAUGGCAGCAUAUGGUAGUGUUUGGAUCCACAAUGCACAAAAAAUGUGAUUUUGGCUACUGCACCUUCACAGAUAUCCACAGCAAGGGGGUGGUGCUUCUUGACUAGCAUGCUGACCCUCCUCCACUCACGGCGUAAGCACAAACUGAUUGGCUUUUUUUGUUGAAGGGCAGGACUUUGACUGUUCUGGGGACUCCCAGUCAUAUUUCAACCAGUGAUUGGUCUUCUCAUUAAUAACGUCUCUGGUUUUAAAAUUCUUAAAAAUAUAUAAUAAAUAAAAUAAAAAUAACUCCUUGCCUACAGUUAAGCAUGGCAAUGACGUGAUUCCGCUCUGGGGCUGAUGUGCUUUCACUGGAACUGGAAACCUGCAGCAUGUGGAGAACAGGAUGGGUUAAAUCCAGUAUCAGAAAAUCCUAUAGGACAAAACUUCAUCUCUUCUAAGUAAAAGCAAAAGCUUGGGCACCACUGGACCUUUCAGCAAGACAAUGAUCCCAAACCUUCCUCACAGUCCACCAAAAUUCAGUUUCAGAAGAAGUCCUGGAAGAUUCUGGAGUGGCUUUUAGUCGUCUAGCUUGAACCCAAAAGAAAAUCUUUGGUGGGAUUUGAAGAAGGUGGCUAAAGUAGUAAACCCAGGAAUACUAGUGAACUGGAUGUACUGCCCAUGAGGAACAGACUAAGAAUCACCAGGAAUGCUGCCAGAAGCUGGAGACUGGCCAAGCAUGACGUUUGCAGCAGAUUAGAACAGCAGGAGGAUUCUGUAGGAAGUAUUAAAGAUGCUUGUAAUGAAGGGAUUCAUAAUUAUGAAACUGCAGUUAUUACAUUUAUUAUAUUUGUUAUAUUGAGAUAUUUUGAAAUUGGAUUGGAUGUUAUAAACAGCUGAAACACCUUAUUCUGAUACUAAUCCUAAUUUGCACUUGGGGGGGUUAGAUCAUUUUGAUUGCAACAAUAACACCAUUUUCAACUAAUUAACCUCUUUUCAGUACUAUACAGAAACCUUUCUCAGUUCUAUGUGGAACUCAUUUUGAGUUGUCUUUCUGAGGAUAAACCAUUUUAUUUUCUACAUAGUACUCUUUCAGUACUAGAUCAACCCCUUUUUCAGUACUAUAAAAAAGCAACUUUUCAGUUCUAUACAGAACUCCUUUUCAGGAAUAAUUUUUCAGUACUAUAUCAAAUCCUUUUAUUACUAUAGAGAACUGCUUUUCCCAUUCCUUUUCAGUACUAUAAAGAACUCGUUUUAAAUACAUUAAAUUAUUUUCAGUAGUACCUAAAACCCCUUUUCAGUACUAUAGAGAAAUAAGUUUCAACAUUAAACCAUUUUCAGUACUACAUUUAACUCCUAUUUCAGUACUAUGGAGAAAACUGUUUCAUUACAUUAAACCAUUUUUAGUACUGCAUAAAACCCAUUUCCAGUACCAUAGAGAAAUCAGUUUCAGUACAUUAAACCAUUUUUAGUACUACAUACAAGCCCUUUUAAGUACUAUAGACAACUUUACUAUUACAGAUAACAGUAUUAUAUCAAACAGUUUUUCAAAAAUACAGGGAACUUUUUAGAAAACAUCAAAUUGUAAAGAAAUUCUUUUCAGUACUGUAUCAAAUUAAUUUUUUGAGUACCACAGGGGAAACUAUUUUCAGUACUAUAUUAAACCAUUUCAGUACUAGAACCAUUUUGCUUUGUUGCUACACUCUUUGGCCAUUUUAUCAGAAACGUUCUCAGGAUUUCUCUGGAGUGAUGAUGGAGCUCCACCCAGUACUGUGGGAUGAGUUUGAGAACUGAACUAAUGAUCUAACAUCAGAACCCGACCUCUCACUGAUGUGGUCACUAUUAGAGCUGAAUGCAAUCAAAUCCUUCUCACAGCAAUAUUCCAACCAUCUUAAACGACUACAUGUAAUUUAUAUUAAAUCUUCUCUCCAGGGGUGGUCCAACUUGAAUAACUAAAUCUAAAGUCUAUACAACUACAGAGGUGUUUCCAAUAAAAAGGCCAAUGAAUAUAAUGUGAAUGUAGGUGGACUUAAUAAGCUGACGACUGUCACUGUGUUACAUGCUAUGUUUUUUCUUUUAAACUGUAGAGUUAUUCAUUUUAUUCAGUGAAUUGUAAUCACUGUUGAUCAUGCAUUAAUUAAUAAAUGUUUUCAUCUCAA